CGUAUAGGGUUUUCCGUACACCCAAAAGAAAAAAAGUUAUUUCCAUUUCGGCUUCGAAGUCAAAAUUCUAACGUCCGAAUCCCAAUUAGGGUUUCUGGUUGUCCGAAACCGUUGCAGGUAGCAGCAGCUAAGCACUGAACUGAGCUAAACAAUGGAGGAACUGAAGGAAUCUCCAACACUGGGAAAACGGAAGGAACCUGAAUACGAUUCACAAUCAGAACGCACCACCGAAAUCUCAACCCAAACCAAAACACCAGAACCCCAGAAACCAACUCCGAAGAAGCCUCGAAGCUCAGCACGAACCUGCGUCCACGAAGUCGCUGUUCCCAGCGGUUACAACUCCACCAAGGACGAAUCCCUCCAUGGCACACUCUCCAACCCUGUCUAUAAUGGUCCCAUGGCCAAAACCUACCCUUUCACCCUCGACCCCUUCCAGAGUGUCUCUGUUGCGUGCCUCGAGCGCAAUGAGUCAGUGCUUGUCUCCGCCCACACCUCCGCUGGAAAAACCGCCGUCGCCGAAUACGCCAUUGCAAUGUCGUUCAGGGACAAGCAGAGAGUCAUCUACACUUCGCCCCUGAAGGCUCUCAGCAACCAGAAGUACCGGGAGCUCUAUCAGGAGUUCAAAGAUGUUGGCCUUAUGACCGGUGAUGUUACCCUUUCGCCUAACGCCACUUGCCUUGUAAUGACUACUGAGAUUCUUAGGGGUAUGCUUUACAGGGGCUCUGAGGUUUUGAAGGAAGUUGCUUGGGUUAUCUUUGAUGAGAUUCAUUAUAUGAAGGAUCGUGAGAGGGGUGUUGUUUGGGAAGAGAGUAUAAUCUUUUUGCCGCCCGCUAUUAAGAUGGUUUUUUUGUCUGCAACUAUGUCGAAUGCAACCGAGUUUGCAGAGUGGAUUUGUAAUAUUCACAAGCAGCCUUGCCAUGUUGUGUACACUGACUUUAGGCCUACUCCUUUGCAGCACUAUGUUUUCCCCGUGGGGGGCAGUGGAUUGUAUUUGGUUGUUGAUGAAAAUGAGCAGUUCAGGGAGGAGAAUUUCUUGAAGCUGCAGGAUACUUUUUCAAAGCAGAAAGUGGUCGACAGAGGCAGGGGUGCUAAAUCCAAUGGCAAACAUGGAAAAGGAGGUUCUGGCGGGUCAGACAUAUACAAGAUUGUCAAGGUCAGUUGUCCUUCUUUGUAUUAUUGCCGGGCUCAUCUUGUUGUUUACAUGCAAAGCCGAUAUAAAAAGAUGAUAAUGGAACGGAAAUUCCAACCUGUUAUCAUAUUUAGCUUCAGCAGAAGAGAGUGUGAACAGCAUGCAAUGUCGAUGUCUAAGCUUGACUUCAAUACCCAAGAGGAGAAGGACACAGUGGAAGAUGUUUUUCGCAGUGCAGUGCUCUGUUUGAAUGAAGAUGACAGGAGCUUACCGGCAAUUGAGUUGAUGUUGCCACUCCUUCAGCGAGGGAUUGCUGUCCAUCAUUCUGGCCUUCUUCCUGUCAUCAAAGAAUUGGUUGAGCUUCUCUUCCAGGAAGGCCUUGUAAAGGCCCUCUUUGCUACUGAGACAUUUGCAAUGGGUUUGAAUAUGCCAGCAAAAACUGUUGUGUUCACUGCCGUUAAAAAGUGGGAUGGUGAUAGUCACCGAUAUAUUGGAUCCGGUGAAUAUAUACAGAUGAGUGGAAGAGCUGGGCGUCGUGGCAAGGAUGAGCGCGGAAUUUGUAUCAUAAUGAUUGAUGAGCAAAUGGAAAUGAAUAACCUCAAGGAAAUGGUUUUGGGUAAACCUGCGCCUUUAGUUAGUACUUUCAGGUUAAGCUACUACUCAAUUUUAAAUUUGAUGAGCCGUGCUGAAGGCCAGUUCACCGCAGAACACGUGAUAAAAAAUUCAUUUCAUCAAUUUCAAUAUGAAAAGGCCUUACCUGGUAUAGGGAAAAGGGUGUCAAAGCUAGAGGAAGAAGUAGCUUUGCUUGAUGCUUCAGGGGAGGCUGAAGUAUCUGAAUAUCAUAAGCUGAAACUGGAAAUUGCACAGCUUGAAAAGAAGAUGAUGGCACAAAUAAUAAGACCUGAAAUGAUUCUUUAUUUUCUUGUCCCUGGUCGAUUGAUCAGAGUGAGAGAAGGUGGAACUGAUUGGGGCUGGGGUGUUGUUGUCAAUGUUGUUAAGAAACCUGCUGGUGGUGGUUAUAUAGUUGAUACUUUGCUUCAUUGUUCACCUAGUUCAAAUGAAAAUAGCUCACGGCCAAAGCCAUGUCCGCCUCGCCCUGGAGAGAAAGGUGAAAUGCAUGUGGUCCCUGUUCAAUUACCAUUAAUUGCUGCUCUUAGUAAAUUGAGGGUCUCCAUACCUCCUGACCUUCGGCCCUUGGAAGCAAGGCAGAGCAUAUUGCUUGCUGUACAGGAGCUGGGCAACCGUUUUCCUCAAGGUCUUCCAAAGCUUAACCCUGUGAAGGACAUGGACAUACGUGAUUCUGUGAUAGUUGAGCUUGUAACUCAAAUCGAGGAACUUGAGAAAAAAUUAUUUUCUCAUCCUAUGCAUAAGCACCAAGAUGUGGAUCAAAUUAAGUGCUUUCAGAGGAAAGCAGAAGUAAAUCAUGAAAUUCAGCAACUGAAGACGAAAAUGCGUGAUUCUCAGCUACAAAAAUUUCGUGAAGAAUUAAAGAAUCGCUCACGGGUCUUGAAGAAGCUUGGUCACAUUGAUGCUGAUGGUGUAGUUCAGUUGAAGGGACGGGCAGCCUGCUUGAUUGACACGGGCGAUGAACUCCUUGUCACUGAAUUAAUGUUUAAUGGUACCUUUAAUGAUCUUGACCAUCAUCAAGUUGCUGCCCUUGCAAGUUGUUUUAUACCAGGAGAUAAAUCAACUGAGCAGAUACAACUGAGAACUGAGCUUGCUAGACCUCUUCAACAGCUUCAAGAUAGUGCAAGAAGGAUAGCAGAGAUACAACAUGAAUGCAAAUUGGAUAUAAAUGUGAAUGAGUACGUAGAGUCAACAGUGAGGCCAUACUUGAUGGAUGUAAUAUACUCUUGGUCAAAGGGUGCAAAUUUUGCGGAUGUUAUACAAAUGACUGACGUCUUUGAGGGAAGUAUCAUCAGGAGUGCUAGAAGGCUUGAUGAGUUUUUGAAUCAGUUGCGUGCUGCUGCUAAUGCAGUUGGGGAGGUCGAUUUGGAGAAGAAAUUUACAGCAGCAGGUGAAAGCCUUCGACGAGGAAUUAUGUUUGCAAAUUCUCUGUACCUAUGAUUUGUCGCCUGCAGAGUUCAUUGGCUCCAUUCCUUAAUUAUGGCCGCUACAGUUUUUGGGUUGCAUUCCAUUUUUCUGGGUGCACUAAUCUUUUCCUUGUAAAUAUGCAAUUCUUAAUUCACAUCAUAUACAGUCACCAUUAGUGAAGGGAAGUGAUUGUAGAAUCAGAAAAUUCCCGUCAGUAGAAGUCCUAGUGUGGGAUCAUGUAGGGUUAUGAAAUUUUGUAUCUACUUAGAAGGUUCAGAUUGGUAGCAUAUUUCACCCGUCAGAAGCUUGUAGCGGAGAAGAAUACGAGAUUCAAUCAUUAACUUGCAGAGGACUGAGGGGAGUCAUGUUGACUUGUAAUUUUUGAGAAUUUUUAGAAAGAAAUUUUGGAUUUACUGUAAGUUGUAUGCCAUGCUCCUUCAUUUU